AUGCCAUUUCUAAUUCUCUCGGAGCAACUAGAAAUGCCGUCUCUCCGAUGUAUCAAAUCGAUUUCUAAACAAGAAAAAUGGAACGCCAUUAUUCGAGAAGAUGACCUUUUUGAGAUAAUCAAACUGGCUCAUACCUCUGAAAAAAUUGGAGCGUUGGUGAAGGAGGCUAAAUUGACUGCAACCGAUAUCGAAGUCAAAUUUGAAGCGGAUGGAGACACUGUGGUGAUAAUAAGGUUCAUGGGAAGAAAGUUUAUGUUCAAGUUGGUCAAGACGGAGGAUCGGAAGGAGAUCGGGAUGAUAAUCAAAACUCACGCCCCUCUCACGUGCAACUUCCUCUACUUCAACUUCUGGAAUGGUCUCACCGGACUCACUCGUUACCUGAUGAACCUUCUCAAUAUCCCCCGUUUGUACAGUAUCCGCUUCAACGAUGUCAACCGAGACAUUCGCUCCCUCAUUGAUCUACCAGACGCCUUCAAAGCCACUCGGUUCUACAUUGAGAAAGCUACAGUAAAACCAGAGGAGUUGGAUUUUGUCAAUGAGAAUUUCAAGAGUAUCCAGCUUAUGUGCUUUGAUGCAUGGCCACCAGAGGGAUACGAGUCAUUCCCUUUGGAAUAUGACAACGUGGCGCUGAAAAGUGAUUUCAAGUGGAACUUUGAACACAUGGCGAAUAUGAAAUUCAAGCAUCUCACCAUGUACAAUGGAGAGGUGUCUGGAAAAGAGCUCAACAAAUUAAUCAAGCAUUGGCUUUCCCUUGACGAUGAACCAAGUCACCUGGAGUCCAUCGCAAUUUAUAACUUCCACGGUCAAGAGAAUCUCUUCGAAGGGUUAUCUGUCUACCCAUGGGAUCAACACAGUCGAACAAAAGACUACAAUCACCAUAGUGGCUUUGAUAUCGAUUGUUCUCAAGGCUUCGAACUACUCCGUGAAGACGAUACACUGGCGACUAUUGGGUGUGGAGAUCAUUACUGUUUCUUCUUGGUUUGGAAUGAGCGGAUCCACAAGAUUCCUAGAAUGACACCGAUGUACAAGGUCUGUGCGGACCGUAUCAGAUAG